UCUCAGCAGAUUCCCAGCGGCAUCUUCAACAACACACAAGUCAUCAUUGGUGGCCAGUCCCAAAUUGUGACCAUCAACAGGCAAUGGCGUGUGGCUGUCAUUGAGCAAAGGAGCUUCAGCGGGUCCUGGAAAACCAUCUGGAACUACAACACGGGUGUCAUUGCAACCAAAGUCACGCAACAGAACACCUGCUACAUUUCCAUCAUGAACAGAAAUGAGAUGCCCCGCUUUGAUAACCUGGCCCACCUGGCACAAGAGAGCAGGACUCAGCAGAUUCCCAGCGGCAUCUUCAACAACACACAAGUCAUCAUUGGUGGCCAGUCCCAAAUUGUGACCAUCAACAGGCAAUGGCGUGUGGCCGUCAUUGAGCAAAGGAACAUCACUGGGUCCUGGAAAACCAUCUGGAACUACAACACGGGCGUCAUUGCAACCAAAGUCACUCAACAGAACGCCUGCUACAUUUCCAUCAUGAACAGAAGCGAGAUGCCCCGCUUUGAUAACCUGGCCCGCCUGGCACAAGAGAGCAGGAACCUGAUCGGUGUUUUUGGAAGACAUACCAAGAGAAUCACCUUUGUCACCAAUGGACUGGUCAACAACCUCUACUCCUAUGGAACAGAGAUCACAGCUAUGUGCAGCGGACUCACCACCUACAUGGCUACUGAAGUUCACACUUUCCAAGGCCCCCAGGUCACUCUGGGAUCAUGCAUUACCCUCGAUGUCCUGAGAGUUGUAGAGCUGAGCAAUGGCAAUUGGAAUGGCAAUUGGAAUGGCAAUUGGAAUGGCAAUGGCAAUUGGAAUGGCAUUGGCAAUGGCAACUGGAACAACAAUUGGAAUGGCAUUGGCAAUGGCAACUGGAAUGGCAAUUGGAAUGGCAACGGCAAUGGCAACUGGAACAACAACUGGAAUGGCAAUUGGAACGGCAACUGGGAUAACAGUUGGAAUGGCAUUGGCAACAACAACUGGAACAACAAUUGGAAUGGCAAUGGCAACUGGAACAACAAUUGGAAUGGCAUCGGCAACAAUAUCUGGAACAACAAUUGGAAUGGCAAUGGCCAAUGGAAUGGUAAUUGGAAUGGCAACGGGAUCUGGAAUGGUACUUGGAAUGGCAAUGGCAUUUGGAAUGGCAGUGGCAACUGGAACGGCAGUUGGAAUGGCAAUUUCCCGCAGUCAGAUAACAACCAACAAAUCAUCACUGAUGGAGAUUCCCACAUCUCCAUCUCUGGUGGCGACUCUCAUAUCUCCAUCUCUGGUGUCUCACAAAGCAUAAGCAUCAAUAGCCAAACACAGAAGGCAAUUAUGGAGCAAAAGAGCAAUCAUUUGUCCUGGAAAACCAUCUGGAACUACAACACGGGUAUCAUUGCAACAAAAGUGAUGCCAGAGCGAACAUGCUACAUUUCCACCAUGAACAGGAAUGAGAUGCCUACCUUUGCUACACUUGUCAGAGUGGCUGCAGAGAGGAGGAACCUGAUUGGCGUUUUUGGAAGACCUACCAAGGAGAUCACCUUUGUCACCAAUGGAUUGGUCAGUAACCUCAUGUCUUAUGGAGCAGAUGUCUUCUCUAUGUGCAGUGGACUCACCACCUACAUGACUUAUGAAGUUCAUGUACCCCAAUACAAUCAACAAUCAUGCACUGCACUUGACGUCUUGAGACUUGUGGAGCUGAAGUACUGCAGCGGCAAUGGAAAGGUUGGAAAAUCUUACCUUUCUUGA